AUGUCAUGGAGAUUGUUCGCGUUGGCUUCCGACGACAAAGUAGGGACCGGCCCCAAAAACAGUGAGCUGAUGCAAUUGGGGGAUCAACUAGCAGAUGAGAUGUCAACAAAGACAGGUCGACGCAUGGCAGAAAGCACCUCCUGCAGAGGCAGAAGGGCUUUGAUGCCAAAGCUUUCAUUGGCCAAUAAUGGCUCAUGUGUAGAGUAUGAUGGACCUGCUGCAGCUGAACGGCUCCAUACCUGUUUCGCACAGCAAAGGCUUGAAGAGACUGUGACUGCACUCGGAAAGCACAAUAUGAAUGCUCCCAAAAGCAUAUGCGGAUCAUGUGAUGAUGCGAAUGACGUGAAGCACUCUGGUCAGGCCAAAGCUCCUGCUGAGCCGCAGCUGCAAAGUCUGCUGCAUCAUGUGCAAAUGCCUCAGAAUGUUCCGCCUAUUCCCAAAGCUGUCCAGUCUGAAGAUUUAAUCGGUGUUGGUAUUCCUGAGGUGUUGCUGAAGUCUCGAUCUGGUGAGGCCCCCCAGCUUGAGAACUUUGUUCUGCGGGCAGCCAGCAGAAAUGGCAAUCGACGGCAAUCAAGACGGUCGCCUUCGCUUGCUGAGCCCACAGGCAUAGCUCUUCGACCUUUCAGGAGGUCUGGCAUUUUCGGGGGUAAUGAUCACCACUCAGACUCCAGAUGGGGGGAUGAAGCUUGGCUAGAGCGCCGAGUUCUGAAGCAACGGCAGCAAAGGCCUCAGCCAGGAGUGGUAACAGGUGGUAGCGAUGUGAUUGGAGUCUGGGAGUUCACAGUGGGCUUCACGGUCGGACUCUUGACCGAAGAGCUGAGGUUUUGCAAGGAGAAUAGCCUUUUCAGGACCUUGCAGUGCCUACAGGAAGAAUCCCGAGUGUCUCUCAAUGCGGUUGACUCCCUCGAUGCCUUGUUGAGUGACAUCAACAAAGGUCAUUGGGACUCUGUGCUGCAGGCCGUUUCCUACCUGAGUUUGCCAGCUAACAUCCUCCAAGAUUUGUACAGCCAGGUGGUUUUAGAGCUUGCUGAACUGCGGGAAGUGGAGACUGCACAUCAUUUACUUCGUGAGACAGCCCCCAUGAGCUCCUUGAAACAAGCGAAUCCUGAGAGGUAUCUUCGCAUUGAAGCAUUGGUAAAGAAGAACCAUUUCGAUGCUGGUGAAGCAUAUGAAGGCUUGACAAAAGAGAAGAUACGAGGCAAUCUGGCACAAAGCGUGAGUAAGCACGUGCAGGUCGCGCCACCAUCCAGGCUGUUAGCUUUAGUGGGCCAGGCUAUGAAGUGGCAGCAACAUGUUGGCCUUUUGCCCAAGAACGCCCGGAUCGAUGUCUUCCGAGGUGUGGCAAAGGACUCCGAAGUCGAAGCGGAGCUGUGCCCCACUAUGGUGGCCCGAACUGUCAAAUUUGGUGAAAAGUCGCACCCUGAAUGUGUUGCUUUCUCGCCGGAUGGCCAGUUUUGCGUCUCCGGCUCGGUGGAUGGCUUCGUAGAGGUUUGGGACCACCAAACUGGAACUCUUCGGAAGGAUUUGCAAUAUCAAGAUGAAGGCAGCUUUAUGAUGCAUGAAAAGGCAGUCAUCGCGGUGGCCUUCAACAAAGACUCGGAGCUGCUCGCAAGUGGCUCUCAAGAUGGGCAAAUCAAAGUUUGGCGAGUUGCCACGGGUCAAUGUGUUCGCCGAUAUGAAAAAGCCCACAAUGAAGGGGUGACCUGCAUCACAUGGUCAAAGGACUCCACUCAGCUACUGACAGGCUCGUUUGACUUCACAGCUCGUGCACAUGGCAUCAAGUCCGGCAAGACGCUGAAAGAAUUCAGAGGACAUAAAUCCUACGUCAACUCGGCCAUGUACACCAAAGAUAGCUCAAGAGUUGUCACAGCUUCAUCCGACAGCCAUGUGAUAGUCUUCGAUGCCAAGACGACUGAAAUCUUGAACACCCUCACGCCACCACCGCCCGCGCAUUGUAGCUCCAUUAUGGACUACGCAGUGAAUUCUGCAAUCGUUGCGCCAAAGAUACCAGGGUAUGCCGAAAACGAAGACCUAAUCUUUGUCUGCACCAGAACCAACACAAUUUUGCUGAUGAAUCUUGCAGGGCAGGUUCUGAAGAGCUUUUGCUCCGGGAAGCGAGACAAAGGGGAUUUUGUUGCCAUGACAAUAUCCCCCAAGGGAGAGUGGCUUCAUGCGGUUGCUGAAGACAACACUUUGUAUUGCUUCUCAGUGGCUUCUGGUGGUCUGGAGCAGACGUUGAAGGUUGCAGAAAAGGAGGUCAUUGGGCUGGCACACCACCCAAGCCGUAACGUCAUCGCUGGCUUUUCGGGUGAUGGAACCCUGGUCUUCAUGAGAGCCUGA